AUGUAUGACAACAUCUCUGAUUUCACAAGAUAUGAUGACGACCAUGACCCCGAACACGGUGAAGAAGAAGUUUUACAAACAUCCAUUAAGACAGGAAAGGUUUUAACUCAAAGUCUCAUUAUUGACAUCAAAGAUGGCGAAGUGGACGUUCUUCAAGAGCUGAAGAAAAAUACUUCUUCGGGAGGUGGAGGUAGGCAUGAACUUGAAAUAAAUGAGAUAGAAGAGAAAUUAGCCGAAAAAGCAGAUAAAAAACAUGUUCAUUAUAUAAGUUCAGACGAACAGAUUAUAACGGACUACCACGGAUAUUUAACACAGGAUGAAGAAGUGAAGACGAAAGAUGUUAAUGAAAGAAGAUAUAAAUACAUUCGUGCUAAAGGUUAUGACAUACGUUGUACUGUACAGUAUGACACAGGUAAAGCACAAGAAGCAUUUGGUUAUAAUGAUGAAAUUUAUGCCUCUAGUUUCUUUGUUAACGGUGUAUUAGUUGAACCAAGAUUUACUUUGAGAGUUAAGGCAAAAAUAACUUUUGAAGAUGCUAUUAAAAGUAAAGCUGACAAAGAUGAACUUGACGCAACGAACAAAGUUUUGAAAUCUCAUAAACACAAUAUCUCCGAUAUAAAUGAACUUCAAGCUACAUUAAAUAGUAAAGCUGACAAGAACCAUACACAUAAAUCCUUCACUACUGUUAGAGCAGACGACAUAAUAUUGAACUAUGAUUUGGGUUCAAGUGCACCUUUAGAGAAUCCGAGUACAAGCGUAAAAGAUACUCUUAACAAUUUAGAUAACAGUUGCAGGAAUAUCGAAGGUCAUGCCAGAAACUUUGAAGCAUAUGAACUACCAGCAAUGUUAGAUAAGAAAGCCGACAAAACUUAUGUAGAUGAAAAUUAUGCAAAGAAGUCGGAAGUAAAUGCUGCGCUUAAUGGAAAAGCCGACAAGAACCAUACACAUGAAGAAUUUCAAACAAUCAAGAUUAAAGAAAUUAAGGCAUGCAUCGAAAUAGUAACAAAAACGGGAAGAAACGGUGCAACUGUACAAGAACAAAGAAUUUAUCCUCCUACUUUUCCUAAUGGUUUAAUAACAAACAAUAUAAAUAUUGAAGAUGGCAAUAAAGUUAUAAACGUUAAACAUGAACUUCUAACAAUGAAGGCCCAGAUUCUUCAAACCAUAUAUCCUGUUGGUUCUAUUUAUACGUCAAUGAAUUCAACAAAUCCAGAAACAGUUUUAGGUUUUGGUACGUGGAAGCAGAUUGUAGAUAAAUUCUUAUACUGUGCUAGAUAUUCAAAGCAAACAGGAGGUUCGAAGAAAAUUAAAGAAGCAAACUUACCCCCACACACUCAUACAGGAACGACAAACUUUUCUGGCGACCAUAGCCACUCAUUAAGAGACCACCCAUUAUACAACUCAGACUAUGAAGCUGGCAAUGACGUUUUAUCUCCAUCUUAUAACAAUUCAGCAAAAAAGACUUUUCGACCAACUGAACCAGGAGGAAAUCAUGUCCAUACUUUCACAACAAAUCCAACAGGCUCGGGUGCAGAUUAUAUGCCACCAUUU